CAGAAAUAACACCAAUGCCCAGCCUGAGGGGCUGGAGGAGGGAUGCCAGGCCCAGACCGGGGAACUUCCCCAUCCACAUAUUCCUGUGUUUGAAGAAUAUACGCACCUUCCUCAAAGUCUGCCACGACAAGUUUGGACUAAGGAACAGUGAGCUGUUUGACCCCUUUGACCUCUUCGAUGUCCGAGACUUUGGAAAGGCUUUGGAGGCCACAGGCUGCCUGGGCCUUGACUGCCACUUCCUGCACUACCAGAGCUGCCGCUUUUGCCUACUGAUGGGAUGUUGCAGGGCUCAGCAGCGCUUGCUCCUGGCUGAGCUGCUGCUGGAGGGAGGCCGCGUCCCUGUUCCUGCUGCCCGCACCAUUACGUCAGUCUGGGCUUCAGGGCAAAACCCUUGCGACAAGGGCCUGCUCCUGUCAGCACGGGAAUGCUUCGACUGGAGGGGGGAUCUGUGUCACAUCCUGGGGCCCCCUCCGCCUUCCCGCUCGGACGAGUCCCCUGUGGCUGCCGUUGGUCUGCUGGCCAGGAGUGGAUCCUGGCUUCGGAUUGCUUCUCGGCUGAGAGCUGACCUGACAGUUCGGUCUGCUACUUGGCAGGAGGGUCAGCUCACCCCAGUGAUGGAGUCACGCAUCUUCAUUCUGGAGCCCCUCGAUGAGCAAGGACCUCACCAGACCGUGUCUCCUUCCCCUGAGAUCCUUGCAGCCCAGAGCUACAUGCCUGUGACACCUGCAGGUUUUGACAGCUUGGAGGCAGUUCAUUUGGUGGGGUCCUCCAGUGAGGAGAUGGUGGCCAAGACAGCCACAGAGGCGUCGGCUGCCCUCAGGCCUUUUCCCUCGGAGGAGACCGCGGAGAGCGAUGAUGACGUCUACCGCAGCCUGGAGGAGCUGGCCGACGAGCAUGACCUGGGGGAGGACAUCUACGACUGCGUGCCCUGCGAGGAUGACGGGGAUGACAUCUACGAGGACAUCAUCAAGGUGGAGGUACAGCAGCCCAUGAAAAUGGGCAUGACAGAGGAUGACAAGAGGAGCUGCUGCUUGCUGGAGAUUCAGGAGACAGAGGCCAAGUACUACCGGACCCUGGAGGACAUCGAGAAGAACUACAUGGGCCCCCUGCGGCUAGUGCUGAGCCCGGCGGACAUGGCGGCUAUCUUUAUCAACCUGGAGGACCUCAUCAAGGUACACCACAGCUUCCUGAGGGCCAUCGACGUGUCCAUGAUGGCGGGCGGUAGCACGCUGGCCAAGGUCUUCCUGGAGUUCAAGGAGAGGCUGCUGAUCUAUGGGGAGUACUGCAGCCGCAUGGAACACGCCCAGAGCACGCUGAACCAGCUCCUUGCCAGUCGGGAGGACUUCCGGCAGAAAGUGGAGGAGUGCACGCUGAAGGUCCAGGACGGCAAGUUCAAGCUGCAAGACCUGCUGGUGGUGCCCAUGCAGCGGGUGCUGAAGUACCACCUGCUGCUCAAGGAACUCCUGAGUCAUUCUACUGACCGGCCUGAGAGGCAGCAGCUGAAAGAAGCACUGGAGGCCAUGCAGGACUUGGCCAUGUACAUAAAUGAAGUGAAACGGGACAAAGAGACCUUGAAAAAGAUCAGCGAGUUCCAGAGUUCCAUUGAAAACCUGCAAGUGAAACUCGAGGAAUUUGGGAGGCCAAAGAUUGAUGGGGAACUGAAAGUCCGGUCCAUAGUCAACCACACCAAACAAGACAGGUACCUGUUCCUGUUCGACAAGGUGGUCAUCGUGUGUAAGAGGAAGGGCUACAGCUAUGAGCUGAAGGAGGUCAUCGAGCUGCUCUUCCACAAGGUGACCGACGACCCCAUGCACAACAAGGACAUCAAGAAGUGGUCCUACGGCUUCUACCUGAUCCACCUCCAAGGCAAGCAGGGCUUCCAGUUCUUCUGCAAGACGGAGGACAUGAAGAGGCGGUGGAUGGAGCAGUUCGAGAUGGCCAUGUCAAACAUCAAGCCGGACAAGGCCAAUGCCAACCAUCACAGCUUCCAGAUGUACACCUUUGACAAGACCACGAACUGCAAGGCCUGUAAGAUGUUCCUCAGGGGCACCUUCUACCAGGGCUACCUGUGCACCAGGUGUGGCGUUGGGGCGCACAAGGAGUGCUUGGAGGUCAUGCCCCCCUGCAAGUUCAGUUCCUCUGCAGACAUGGAAGCUUCCGGAGCGGGACCGGGUCCCAAGAUGGUGGCGGUGCAGAAUUACCACGGCAACCCUGCCCCACCCGGGAAGCCUGUGCUGACCUUCCAGACGGGGGACGUCAUCGAGCUGCAGCGGGGCGACCCGGAGUCACAGUGGUGGGAGGGCCGGCUGCUGCAGACCCGGAAGUCAGGGUACUUUCCCAGCACAUCGGUGAAGCCAUGUCCGGUAGAUGGGAGGCCGCCCAUGAGCCGGCCACCGUCCCGGGAGAUCGACUACACUGCCUACCCCUGGUUUGCAGGCAACAUGGAAAGACAGCAGACGGACAAUCUGCUCAAGUCCCACGCCAGCGGGACCUACCUCAUCCGGGAGCGGCCUGCGGAGGCCGAGCGCUUCGCCAUAAGUAUCAAGUUCAACGAGGAGGUGAAGCACAUCAAGGUGGUGGAGAAGGACAACUGGAUCCACAUCACCGAGGCCAAGAAGUUCGAGAGCCUCCUGGAGCUGGUGGAGUACUACCAGUGCCACUCGCUCAAGGAGAGCUUCAAACAGCUGGACACCACGCUCAAGUUCCCCUACAAGUCCCGGGAGCGGGCCGCCUCCAGGGUCUCCAGCCGGUCACCAGUGUUCACGCCCCGGGUCAUCGGCACCGCCGUGGCCAGGUACAACUUUGCAGCACGGGACAUGAGGGAGCUCUCGCUGCGGGAAGGGGAUGUGGUGAAGAUCUAUAGCCGCAUCGGAGGGGACCAGGGCUGGUGGAAAGGCGAGACGAAUGGACGGAUCGGCUGGUUUCCUUCAACUUAUGUGGAAGAGGAGGGCGUCCAGUGACGGCAGGAGCGGGGACAGGACUCGUGGAUCUUCUUGGGAGAGUCUCUCCAGCUCUGAAGUUCCUCCCUGGCUCUUCCGUGGCUCCCAGAGGAAAUGCCCACCUGCCUUCUGGUUGUCACCAGCCUUCAGGGACAGGGAGGGUGCUUUCCCAUCACUUGGCCUGGGUGGCCUGUCCCUGGGGACCCUCCUUGUACAUAGAGGAAAGCUGUGCUGGCCCCCGCCCCACCUCAAGGACAGGGGCUUCAGCAGCAGCACCAGCCGCCCGAGGGCGACAGCCACGGCGUGACCCUCAGGCUGAGAUGGUGCUCAGGAGCCUAGGGCUCAACAGCUGGUGUUCCUCGGAAGGCUGGGGGCAGCGGAGGGGCUGCCCCACCCAGUCGGCUCAGGCACUGGACUCAGCCGCCUGUCUUCUCUGCUGCUUUUGAGGGAUCUGGGCCUUGGGGGCAGAUGGGGCCAGUGUUAGGCCUCUUGCUGUAGUUCCGGCUCACUGGGGCAGCGCUGGGGUGUGGAGGAGAGCCCGUGGGUCCAGGUCUCGCUGCGUCCCAGGCAGGGCUGUCCCUCACCCCCUCGUGGCCCUUUGCGUAGCCCCUCUCCCGGCCCGGCCCUCCUUCCUGAUCCAUGGUACCUGCUCCUUGUUCACGGGGCCCCUCCUAAACCCCCGAACGUCUGUCCUGCUGCAGGGACAUGUCCUCCGGAGAGCCUGAGCUCGCAGGGCACCCCUCCGCUUGCCCGCCUCCCUCUUCAGGGGUCCCCCGGGGGGUGGGGAUUUCUUUCAUUUGCACGAGAGAUUUCGGUCUCCCAGGGACUCCUGCAGUGCGCAAGCUGAGCCUGUGGCCAACCUGAAAUAAGUGCUCUUGGGGUGCCUCCGCCCCGUCCCCUCGCCCUGCUCAUGUCUUCUGGCCUUUGACCUCAGACUGGCUUGGCCAGGCCCUAUUUUCUGUACGCUGACGUGGCAUAGACCCUAGCCACCCUGUCUCCCCGAGACAGGGUCCCCUUCUCCCUAGGGCCAGCUGUCCAACCCUGGCUGGGAAGGGGUAGCUGUGCUGAAGGGUGCACUGUGCUGGCCGAGGUCGGCCUUGUGGUCUCCAGCUUCCGCCUGCAGAGGUGUGGGGAGGGAGUGGGGAGGGUAGAGGAGCUAGGAGCUGGGCAGGGUCCUGCAAAGGCCCCCAAGUAAGGAGAAACAGGGAGCCCCAGUGGGUGGAGGGUUGGCCUGGAGGAGGAGGCACUCAGCCGUCGUGAGUUGGGCGCACCCAGCACUUUGCACAGGCCCUUCGCUCAGCCUGCCCAGCCUGGACCCAGGGUGGGGGGGACCCUGGCCCUCUGUGUUGAUGCCAGUGUCCUGUGCCAGCCUUGUGCUUGACCCUGGUUUGGGUUUGUUUUGCUGUGUUUUUUGUUUGACCUGUUCGUUUUCUAAGGGGAAGAAAGUCUGUAAUUAAUUCAUCCAAAUCUCCCGUUAUCUGUGAAUAAUAAGGAAGAGAUUUUAUAAUAGCAAGCAAAUGAUGUAUAUUUUAGUUGGUCUCAAAAUGAGUUGUGAUUAAUGAAAGACACUGGGGAAAAAUAAUGUAGAACCCUGUUUGUUUGUUUGUUUUUGUGUUGUGUUCAGAAGGUUGUGUUUGCUUUGGUUUGGGUUUUGCACUGUGCUGAGCAGGGUGGCAGCAGUCAGGCCGGGUCACGCGGGGCUGCGGCCCGCAGGAGGGGCCGAGGAGCGAGGCCCGGAGCGCCUGGGAGCAUGCCGGAGCCUGCACGUCAGGGAGGUGGGGCCCCAUAACCAGUGGAUACCCCAGAAAUGGAACAUUAACUGUACAGUCGCCAGUCGGUUCUUUUCCAGACCACGGUUUUUACUGCAAAUAAACCUAAACUCUUUCUUCAAA